GGUGUAGUAGCUUGGUAUCAUGAGAUGCAUUUUGUUAAGGAACCGUCCCGAAAUUGGGAAUUGGAAAGACGCAAUUUCCUUAAUCGUCUAUAUAGAGGAACUGAAAGUGAUUGCAUUGAACAAUUAAGAGUCAGUAAAAGGGCAUUUUUUAAACUUUGUGGAAUUUUACAAGAUAAAGGACAGUUGGUAAGAACAAGAAAUGUCACAACGAUUGAAGCAGUGGCAAUGUUUUUGCACAUCCUUGCUCACAACCUAAAGUACAGAGUAGUGCACUUUACCUAUUAUAGAUCCAAAGAAACAAUAAGUAGGCAAUUCAACAAUGUCCUACGAGCUGUGAUGAAAGUGAGUGGGGAAUAUUUGAAGUUUCAAGACCAUAAUAAUCUAGAGGGCUCUGAGGCAUACAAAUGGAGAUGGUUUCAGAAUUCGAUUGGAGCACUUGAUGGGACACAUAUUCCAGUAACAGUCGUAGCAGAAGAUAAACCUAGAUACCGUAAUAGAAAGGGUGACAUCUCUACGAAUGUGUUAGGGGUUUGUGGUCCAGAUUUAAAGUUUAUUUACGUGUUACCUGGUUGGGAAGGCUCGGCAGGAGAUUCACGAGUAUUGCGAGAUGCUUUACGUCGUCAAAAUCACCUUCAAAUUCCGAAUGGUAAAUACUUUCUGGUCGACGCAGGAUAUACAAAUGGCCCAGGAUUUUUAGCACCUUAUCGAGGGACUAGAUAUCAUCUCAAUGAGUGGAUUGGAAACACCCCUCAAAACUACAAGGAGUUGUUCAAUCUCCGUCAUGCAAGUGCAAGGAAUGUAAUUGAAAGAUCAUUUGGGAUAUUGAAAAAACGAUGGAGUAUAUUAAGAACUCCAUCUUUUUUUGAUAUAAAAACACAAAUAAGAAUGAUUAACGCUUGUUUCGUACUGCACAAUUUUAUAAGAGAUGAACAACAAUAUGACCCAAUUUUAGAGGUCCAAGACUUGGAGCUUUUAUCGGUUGUUGAUGAAGAGUUAACCAGUCAACAAGGGGAAACAAUUACAAGUAAUGUUGCAAAUGAGGUCACAACUAUUCAAGUAUCUGAGGCAUGGACAACGUUUCGGGACACUUUAGCAAUGGAUAUGGUUACAGCUGGACCAGAGACUUGGACAGUGAGGAGCUAUUGGAACAGUUGCUAUAUUGACUUGUUGGUUGCUGGGUAA